GCAUUAUCGCCACCGCUGUGCACUCAUUCAACCGACUGGUCAUUAGAUAACCGUAACAUUAUGCAUGAAUCAAGAGGAUAUAUUUUACUUAUCGCAUUCAUGCCAGUUCAUUGUAAUUUUUGCCAAAAUCAGUUAAAGAAAUUGCAAGUUACAACUCAAAUAUUUCGAGAAAUUCGAGUUGUAAUAAUCGUCGCAAUGGAUGAAAAUCCGAGAACAAUAAAUUAUUAUCAGCAAGAAUUUCCAGAAUUAACAAUAAUUAAAGAUUCGACUGCGGAUCGUGUUUGGGAAAAACAUGGCGCAACUCCGCACGACCAUUUUAUUUACGAUCGAUGUGGCCGACUUUCAAUUAUCAUUCGCCAUCCGAGAAGUGAUAUGAGCAACUAUGAGGACACAAUAAAAUCGCUGAAAUCGGCUCUAAAUUAUGCGCGGUGCGGUUGGUGCCAAUACGAUCCACAACCGUCGUUCAGAUCUUUACCGGUGAAUUAUUUUCUAUCAAAUUCUAUCCUCGAGCUUGAAAAUUCUCGUUAA